CUUUCGAGACUCUCUUCCUCGCGGGCCACUUCUCUCGCCGGAGCCUUCGCAUCUCGUUGCGACCGCGUCCUUCUCCGCCAGAAAGAAAGAUGGCAUCACACAUUGUUGGAUAUCCUCGUAUGGGGCCCAAGAGGGAACUCAAGUUUGCUCUGGAAUCCUUUUGGGAUGGGAAGAGCAGUGCUGAAGAUCUGCAGAAGGUUGCUGCAGAUCUCAGGUCUUCCAUUUGGAAGCAAAUGGCUAAUGCUGGGAUCAAAUACAUUCCUAGCAACACUUUUUCAUACUAUGAUCAAGUGCUUGACACAACAGCAAUGCUCGGUGCUGUUCCCACUAGAUAUGGAUGGACUGGUGGUGAAAUUGGAUUUGAUACCUAUUUCUCUAUGGCCAGAGGAAAUGCUUCAUUGCCUGCUAUGGAGAUGACCAAGUGGUUUGACACCAACUACCAUUUCAUUGUCCCUGAACUGGGUCCAGACACAAAGUUCUCCUACUCUUCCCAUAAGGCAGUGUCAGAGUACAAAGAGGCAAAAGCGCUUGGCAUCAAUACAGUUCCUGUGCUCAUUGGGCCUGUGUCGUACUUGUUGCUCUCAAAACCUGCUAAAGGAGUAGAAAAGUCAUUUGCUCUUCUCUCACUGCUGGGAAAAGUUUUGGCAGUUUACAAGGAAGUUAUUGCUGAGUUGAAGGCUGCCGGUGCCUCAUGGAUUCAAUUUGAUGAGCCUACUCUUGUGAUGGAUCUUGACUCUCACCAACUUCAGGCAUUUACAGAGGCGUACUCUGAAUUAGAAUCAUCAUUUUCUGGUCUGAAUGUUCUUAUUGAGACCUACUUUGCUGAUGUUCCUGCAGAGGCAUACAAGACAAUCAUUGCCUUGAAGGGCAUCUGUGGUUUUGGUUUUGAUCUUGUACGUGGGACUAAGACCCUCGACUUGAUCAAAAGUAAGGGCUUCCCUUCUGGCAAGUUUCUUUUCGCUGGAGUUGUUGAUGGGAGGAACAUUUGGGCCAAUGAUCUUGCUUCCUCUCUCAGCACUCUUGAGUCCCUUGAGUCUGUUGUAGGAAAAGACAAGCUUGUGGUCUCAACCUCCUGCUCACUUAUGCACACUGCUGUUGAUCUGGUAAAUGAAACAAAGUUGGAUGAUGAAAUUAAAUCAUGGUUGGCUUUUGCCGCUCAGAAAAUUGUUGAAGUGAAUGCACUGGCCAGGGCAUUGGCUGGUCACAAGGAUCAGGCUUUCUUCCAAAGCAAUGCUUCUGCUCAGGCUUCAAGAAAGUCAUCCCCUAGAGUUACUAACCAGGAGGUUCAGAAAGCUGCUGCUGGUUUGAAGGGCUCUGAUCAUCGCCGGGCUACUAAUGUUAGUGCCAGAUUAGAUGCACAACAAAAGAAGCUGAACCUCCCAGUUCUUCCUACAACCACCAUUGGUUCAUUCCCACAGACAAUGGAUGUCAGGAGAGUGCGCCGUGAAUACAAGGCCAAGAAGAUCUCUGAAGAGGAGUAUGUGAAUGCCAUGAAGGCAGAAAUCAGCAAAGUUGUCAAGCUGCAGGAAGAACUUGAUAUUGAUGUCCUGGUUCAUGGAGAGCCUGAGAGGAAUGACAUGGUUGAGUACUUUGGGGAACAACUCUCUGGCUUUGCAUUCACAGUUAAUGGUUGGGUGCAAUCAUAUGGAUCACGGUGUGUUAAGCCACCAAUCAUCUUUGGUGAUGUUAGCCGUCCGAAAGCCAUGACUGUGUUCUGGUCUUCAAUGGCCCAGAGUAUGACUUCCCGCCCAAUGAAGGGAAUGCUGACUGGUCCGGUCACCAUUCUCAACUGGUCUUUCGUCAGAAAUGACCAGCCGAGAUAUGAGACAUGCUAUCAAAUUGCUCUCGCAAUCAAGACCGAAGUCGAAGAUUUGGAAGCUGCAGGCAUCCAGGUUAUCCAAAUCGAUGAAGCAGCUCUCCGAGAAGGCUUGCCGCUUCACAAGUCAGAGCAAGCUUUCUACUUGGAUUGGGCUGUUCAUUCCUUCAGGAUCACCAACUGCGGUGUUAAGGACACUACUCAGAUUCACACUCACAUGUGCUACUCCCACUUCAACGAUAUCAUUCACUCGAUCAUCGACAUGGACGCUGAUGUGAUUACUAUUGAGAAUUCCCGCUCCGAUGAGAAACUUCUCUCUGUGUUCCGUGAGGGAGUGAAGUAUGGUGCUGGCAUUGGACCUGGCGUUUACGACAUUCAUUCUCCGAGAAUUCCAUCCACAGAAGAGAUCGCUGACCGUAUAAACAAAAUGCUCGCUGUGCUAGAGACAAACAUUCUGUGGGUCAAUCCCGAUUGCGGUCUGAAGACCCGAAAGUAUCCUGAAGUGAAACCUGCUCUCACUAACAUGGUUUCUGCAGCGAAAAUUCUUCGCAAGCAGCUUGCUAGUGCUAAAUGAGAAUUGAGAAUAAGUUCUAUAUUCUGAUUAUUAUGCAUCUUUUAGUUAUAGAAUGAGUUGUAUUUGUGUUAUGCUUGUUGAGCUAAUGAUCAGGAACAUCAAAGUGUCACUGCUUUUCAGCAAUUUUUUCUUUUCCUUCAUUCUGAGGCUUGAGGUUUGUUGUGGUUUGUAUCAGUUGUUUCUAUGUACUUCAAUCAGUUGAAAUGCUGGGAAAAAAACUUCUAUUCACCUUUUGGAUUCA